CCAUCCUGCUCCCGGUGCUCCCGGUGCCGGGUCCCGCGGGGCGGACGGGGGGGCGGAGCGGCGGCGGCAGGGCUGGUGCUGCCGGAGUCAGAGACGGCGGCUCCGAAGCACCGGGCUGCACCGGCACCGGCGCAGGUGCCAAGGGCUCUGCCGAAGCGGUGUGACCCCCCUCCUGCCGAUACCACGCUGUGCCACCCCCCCGCCACCUGAUGCCUGGGGACUGCCUGCCCUCGCCUUGACGGGUGGCAGCGGGUGACCCGCGGCGUCGUGGAUCUCCCGGCCGGUGCUGGUGCACCCCAUGGCAGUCCCCUUGGCCACCUGGCUGUGGCUGAUGCGCUUGGCCACCUGCCUGGCUGCCGGGCACGGCAUGGCUGGCAAGAAGGAGAUCAGCACGGAUGGGGACCUGGUGAUCGGAGGCCUCUUCCCCGUCCACGAGAAAGGAGUAGGGAGCGAAGACUGUGGGAAGAUCAACGAGCACCGGGGCAUCCAGCGCUUGGAGGCCAUGCUUUUUGCCUUGGAUGAGAUCAACAAGGACAGGAGCAUCCUGCCGGGGGUGAAGCUGGGUGCACACAUCCUCGACACCUGCUCCAAGGACACCUACGCCCUGGAGCAGUCCCUUGACUUCGUCCGCGCCUCCCUCACCAGGGUGGAUGGCUCCGAGCACAUCUGUCCUGAUGGCUCCUAUGCUGUCCACGAUGACGUGCCCACUGCCAUCACCGGUGUCAUCGGGGGCUCCUACAGCGAUGUUUCCAUCCAGGUGGCCAAUCUGCUGCGGCUGUUCCAAAUCCCACAGAUCAGCUAUGCUUCCACCAGUGCCAAGCUCAGCGACAAAUCCCGCUACGACUACUUUGCCCGCACUGUCCCACCAGACUUCUACCAAGCCAAAGCCAUGGCAGAGAUCCUCCGCUUUUUCAACUGGACCUACGUCUCCACCGUGGCCUCAGAGGGUGACUAUGGGGAGACGGGGAUCGAGGCCUUCGAGCAAGAAGCCCGCAUGCGCAACAUCUGCAUCGCUACCUCGGAGAAGGUGGGGCGCUCCAUGAACAAGAAGACCUACGAUGGGGUGGUCCGGGCUCUGCUGCAGAAGCCCAAUGCCAAAGUGGUUGUGCUGUUCACCAGAAGUGAAGAUGCCCGGGAGCUACUGGCAGCUGCCCAGAGAGCCAACGUGUCCUUCAUGUGGGUGGCCAGCGAUGGGUGGGGAGCCCUGGAGAGCGUGGUGGCCGGGAGCGAAGCGGUGGCAGAGGGAGCGAUCACCAUCGAGCUGGCGGCCUACCCCAUUAAGGAGUUUGCUGCCUACUUCCGUAACCUCCACCCCUACAAUAACAGCCGAAAUCCUUGGUUUCGGGAGUUUUGGGAGCAGAAGUUCAAGUGCAGCUUCCACACGCAGGACUGUAGCUGGUACUCCCUCAAGACAGGCAAGUUUGAGCCAGAGUCCAAGAUCACGUUCGUGAUCAACGCGGUCUAUGCCAUGGCUCACUCUCUCCAUAACAUGCACCAGGCUCUGUGCCCCAACUCCACCAAGCUCUGUGAUGCCAUGAAGCCCGUCAAUGGCAAGAGGUUCUACAAGGACUUUAUACUCAAUGUUAAUUUUGAUGCUCCGUUCAGGCCAGCAGACACCAAGAGCGUAGUUCGAUUUGACAGCUACGGUGAUGGGAUCGGGCGCUACAACAUCUUCAACUAUCACUACAUGGAUGGGCGGUAUCGGUACCAGAAGGUGGGCUACUGGGCUGAGGGGCUCAUCCUCAACACCAGCCUCAUCCCGUGGGCUGAGACCUCCAUCCCUGUGUCCCAGUGCAGCGACCCCUGCAAGAAGAACGAGAUAAAGAGCAUGCAGCCAGGAGACAUUUGCUGCUGGAUCUGCAUCCCCUGCCAGCCCUACGAGUACUUGCUGGAUGAGUUCACCUGCAUGGACUGUGGUCUUGGUUACUGGCCCAACGAGACCCUGAAUGGCUGUUAUGAGUUGCCCCAAGAGUACAUCCGCUGGAAAGAUGUCUGGGCCAUCGGUCCAGUCACUAUCUCUUGCUUGGGUUUUAUCUCCACCCUCUUCGUUUUCGGAGUGUUCAUGAAGAACAAUGACACCCCCAUUGUGAAGGCCUCUGGCCGGGAGCUCUGCUACAUUCUCCUGACCGGGGUCCUUAUGUGCUACAGCAUGACCUUCAUCUUCAUCGCAAAGCCUUCCACUGAGGUGUGCACGCUCCGGCGUCUGGGGCUGGGCACGUCCUUCGCCGUUUGCUAUUCAGCCCUCUUGACCAAAACAAACCGCAUUGCCAGGAUCUUCAGUGGGGUGAAGGAGGGGGUCCAGCGCCCCCGGUUCAUAAGCCCCACAUCACAGGUGGUCAUCUGCAUGGCUCUCAUCUCCUGCCAGCUGAUCAUCGUCAUCAUCUGGCUGCUGGUGGAGACCCCCGGCACUGGCAAGGAGACAGAACCUGACAAGAGGUAUAUUGUCACCCUCAAGUGCAACAACCGCGACUCCAACAUGCUCAUUUCCCUCACCUACAAUGUCCUCUUGAUCGUCCUCUGCACAGUCUACGCCUUCAAGACCCGGAAAUGCCCCGAAAACUUCAAUGAGGCCAAGUUCAUCGGGUUCACCAUGUACACUACCUGCAUCAUCUGGCUGGCCUUCCUACCCAUCUUCUAUGUCACCUCCAGUGACUACCGAGUCCAGACCACCACCAUGUGCAUCUCAGUGAGCCUCAGUGGCACCGUGGUCCUUGGCUGCCUCUUCACCCCCAAGCUCCACAUCAUACUCUUCCAGCCCCAGAAGAACGUGGCCAGCCACCGCGUGGGCACCACUCGGUUCAGUGUGGCGGCCGCUGGCUCCAGCCAGUCCCACGGCUCAGCCUCGCAGUACGUGCCCACGGUAUGCAACGGCCGUGAGGUGGUGGACUCCACGACGUCGUCCUUGUGAAGGACAUGGGGCCCAGGCCAUGGUGGCGCUGCUCCUGCCUGCAGCCGCACCGCACCCCGGCUCCCUGCCCUGGGAGAGCAGCUCAGCCCGCUCGGGGCCAAGGGCAGUGGGAAGGCUCAGCCCCAGCCCAAGCUAUGCGUCCCAUGCGCUGGGUCACAGUACGUGUCCCCCUGCCCUUCCACUGGGCCAGGUGGCAAGUCCCCUGUCCCUGCACUGAGCUAUGGUGAACAUCCCAAAUCCCUUGAAGUGACCCGUGGUGAACAUCCCAAAUUCCUUGCACUGAGCCAUGGUGAACAUCCCCAAUCCCUUGAACCGAGCCGUGGUGAAUGUCCCUCUCCAUCCCUUGAACUGAGCCGCGGUGAAUGUCCCUCUCCAUCCCUUGAACCAAGCCAUGGUGAACAUCCCCAGUCCCUUGAACCGAGCCAUGGUGAACAUCUCCAAUCCUUUGAACCGAGCCGUGGUGAAUGUCCCUCUCCAUCCCUUGAACUGAGAUGUGGUGAAUGUCCCUCUCCAUCCCUUGAACUAAGCCAUGGUGAACAUCCGCAGCCCCUUGAACCAAGCAAUGGUGCAUGACCUCCCCACCACCCGCACUGAGCCACGGUGCAUGUCCCCCUCCGUCUUGCACUGACCUGUGGUGCACGUCCCCUGUGUCACCUGCACUGAGCCGCUGUGCCCACUCCCCACGCCCUGCACCGAGCCCUGCUCCACGUCCACCUGGCCCGUGGUCCAAGUCCUUCCAUCCCUUGAACCGAGCCGCGGUGCACGUUCCCCAUGCUCUGCACCGGCUGAGGUGCAAGUCCCGCGCACUGAGCCGCGUCAGCCCAGCCCCUGCCCCGAGCUGUGCCGCACAGCCCCCUGCCCUGAGCCCUGCCCAAUGUCCCCCUCACCCCUUGAGUGGAGCCAUGGUGCGUGUUCCCCAUCCCCUGAACCAGCUCUGGUCCAAGUCCCCUGGCCCUCGCACUGAGUUGUGCCGCACAACCCAACUAGUCCUGCUUUGCUUCCCUGAGCCGCGCUGCGCCUCCCGCUCCCUGCACGCCGAGCCCUGCACUGGCACACGAUGUCCUCACCCUGUUGCCACCCUGUGUCCCUGGGGCAGGGCCUUUCCCCAAGCCUUUUGCAUAGUUUCACCUUUUCCUCCUCAUUUUCGGCCCCGGGAAAGCUGCUGGGCUGGCCGUUGCGGUGCGUAACUUCUCACCCCUCGCUGGGAGACAGAGGAGGGGUGAGUACCUGCUGCCUCCUUGGAACCCAGGGGCUUAGGGCAAGUACCAGGACCCAGGUAUUUGAGCCCAACCAAGUCUGGAAGAGUAGAUUUUUUUCUGUGAGCA